AUGUUAUCACAUGAUACACUUCAUUCAAAACGAGUUAUUAAAAUACAAGAUUUAAUAAAACAUUAUGAUUCAUUAUUAGCAAGUGGACAUGAACCUGAAACACAUGCUUUGGCAGCAUUAGAACCAGUUUUACAUGAUUUUUUUUCUUUUGCAACUCAUUUAUUCGUUUCUGAAGGAAUACAUUUAUAUGAAAGUGGUCUUAUAUUAGUUUUAUUAAUUGAACAAUUUCUUCCAUUACCAUUAAAUAAACAAUUAUGA